AUGUCAACAUUACUCGACUGGGAUGGCCCGACGCCUCCUCUGCCCGGCCCAGAUCCCAAUGACCAUUUCCAGUACAUGCGCCUUGCCCUUGAUCAAGCACAGGAAUCACCACCAAAGCCUUCAAAUUUCCGAGUGGGUGCCUUAUUGGUCGAUGCGGAUACUGGCACAAUCUUAUCAAGAGGCUAUACUCUAGAAUGCGAGGGUAAUACGCAUGCAGAGCAAUGCUGUCUUUUGAAGUUUGCCAAAGAACACAAUCUGCCAGAAGAACGGGUUGGCGAAGCCCUUCCUCCAAAUAUCUCCAUAUACACUACUAUGGAGCCUUGCAAUCUUCGACUAAGUGGCAACCUGCCGUGCGCAGACCGGAUCAUCAGAACCAAGGGGGCAAAUGGAGAGCAGAAAAUUAAGAGGGUCUACCUAGGUGUCAAGGAGCCAGAAAAGUUCGUUGGCGAGAAUCAGGGAAGGAAGAAACUGGAGGAAAAUGGUAUCGAAUGUAUUCAUGUACCGGGCCUGGAGGAUAGGAUAUUGGAGGUCGCUACCGCAGGCCAUGUGCAGUGA